AUUCUAUUGUGGACUCCAUAUUUCGGAAGUGAGGAUUGGAAUUACGACAAUCGUGCUACGGUAUUCUCCAGUUGUCCAGUUUCUAACUGUGUUUUAUCCUAUGAUAAAUCGGAGUUGAAAUCCUCGGACGUGUUGCUCUUCCAUACUCGUGACUUUUAUACAAGUUACUACCCUCUUCCAAAAUAUCGGACCAACGAACAGCUUUGGGUUUUGAUGAAUAACGAAUCACCUGUCAAUGAGUACUUGGAUUAUAGUAAAUUUAACAACUUUUUUAAUUGGACCGGAAGUUAUCAUAAAAAUAGUGAAAUCCAUACUCCAUACGGCAAUGUGGAAAAAACUUCCCAAACGAUUGUCACAAAAGACGCGGCAGUGGAUGAAAAAAGAACAGGUGUUGUGUGGAUAGCCAGUAAUUGUGGAGACCACGCACGCAGACAAUUGCUGGUACACGAACUUCAAAAGUAUAUCCACGUGGAUAAAUUCGGUUCAUGUGGAGAAGGAAAGUUAAGUAGCAAUUCUUAUGAAAAAGUUUUACGUACAUAUAAGUUUUUUUUAUCAUUUGAAAAUUCCGUUUGUGAUGAUUACAUUACCGAAAAGUUUUUUCGGAUGUUAAGGGCUGGGAUAUUGCCUGUUGUGUACGGAGGCGGAAACUACAAAGAAAUUGCCCCACCCCAUUCUUACAUAGAUAUUCGUGACUUUAACAAUGCCCAGGAAGUAGCGGACUAUCUGAGUUACCUGGAAAGAAAUAAUACAGCAUAUAAUAAGUAUUUUAAAUGGAGGAAAGAGUAUAAGGUAACUAUGGGUAACGACUGGUGUAAAUUAUGUCAGACGGUGAACGUUAAGAGAAUACCCAAUCAAGUUUAUACCGAUCUGGACGGAUGG